AUGCACCACGUGGGAGACCUCCUUGGUCAGAACAUCACCAGAAUUUCGACCGUGCCAACUACCAGCCAGCACAUGGAAUACAGCACCAUCGACCACGAUCUCACGCGGGAGGACUACGUGGCGCUCGCAGAACACCAGUCGUCCACCCCGGCGUCUUUCUCGCUGGAAGACAAUGUCGUCUGCUACUUUGAAGGAACUGUCAAUGUCCAACUGCUAUCAGAAGAUGGAAAGGGAGACCAGACGGCGUACCAGCAGGGAAAGAUCUACGUGCUGACCAGUCAUGUGACUCUGUGGUUCGCGCAGACCUCUUCGGGUGUCAACAUUCCGUACCAGAAAAUUUUACUCCAUGCCACACAACAGGGAUCUGACGGCCACCAGCAGAUCUAUCUACAGCUCGAAGACUCGCCAUUGAGUUUAGUCGGUCCUUUUGCGGGCGAAAGCCAGGAGUCGUUCAGCGAGGUGAUUAUCUCCACUCAACCGGACACUCUGAUUGACACUCUGUUUGCUUCUCUUUCUACCUGUGCAGCUCUCCAUCCAGAUCCUUCAGACUCUGAUAACGACAUGGGACAGCUUCAACCUGCCCUGGAGACGCACGCGGAGGAGAUGGAGCCCGAUGGAGACUUGGGCGAGGAGGGGGUGGGAGGCUGGAUUGCCCAUGAAAAGAUCCAGACCGAUUCAAUGGACAAUGCGUCUUUGGAGGUGAUUCUAGAAAACGAGGUACGUGCCGGCAUUGUCCGACCCCGAGAGGGCUCCGAGGAGCUGGCCGAAAAGUGGAGGAAGGUGGAGUGA